GCAAUAAAUUUGAGUCAGCACCAGCGACAGCUCUGCAGUCCUCCAAUGUAGUGCAGAUCAGGUGGUUGCAGAGCCCCAGCUAGCAGCAAUACGAUGCAGCUGAAGAGGCAAGCACAAUCCACAGACAGCAACUGUAGCUACUCUCUAGAACAAGACGACCUCUAAGCUUAAAUCUUUCACAGAAAUAAUGUGCUGAUAUUGCAGAAGACAUUACGGCAGCAAUGGAACACCAGAUACUGAAAGCAUCUACCUGCCUGCUGGUCUUUCUAUUUUUCAUACCCACUGUUCUGGGUAUCUGUCCUUCUAUCUGUACAUGCUCAGGAAACAACAGGAACGUGGACUGCUCAGGCAGAAACUUAACAGCAUUGCCACACGGACUCCAAGACAACAUUACAUAUUUAAAUCUGUCAUUUAACCACUUUGUAGAUCUCGAUCAUCAGCUGACGAGAUUCAGCAAUUUAAGGACUCUUGAUAUUUCAAAUAAUUGGCUCAAGAAUGUUCCUGCUCAUCUGCCCAAGUCCUUGUGGGAAUUGUAUGCCAUAAAUAACAACAUUAAGGUCCUUCAGAAACUUGACACAGCUUACCAGUGGAACCUUAAAGUGCUGGAUGUUUCCAGGAAUAUGGUGGAAAGAGCUGUUUUGAUCAACAACACACUGAGCAGUCUCAAGUUUCUCAACCUCAGCAGCAACAAACUUUGGACGGUUCCAACCAACAUGCCCUACAACAUAGAGACAGUGGAUCUAUCCAAUAACUUCUUGUCUCAGAUACUUCCAGGAACGCUGGUGAGAUUACAGCACCUCACAAGUCUCUACCUACACAACAACAAGUUCACAUACAUUCCUGACAAAGCUUUUGAUCAGCUCUUUCAGCUGCAGGUAGUAACACUAUACAACAACCCGUGGUCCUGCAGCGAUGAACAAAAUAUCUCUUAUUUGCUUAGAUGGGUGCAGGGCACCACUGCCAGGGUGCGAGGGGCUCCCUGCGCCGACCAGUCCACGCUGUGGGCCAACAUCACGCCGACCUCCGCCGCCGCGCCAGAUGCCAGCUUCAUGAUUAAAGGAAUGAAGGCAGCAGACAUUGCUGCCUCUCCAGCGGCAGCUGAACCAACCCACAUGACAAAAAUGCAUAAACUAUUUAAAGCAAAGGAAGUUACUACCUUGGCUUCGUUAAGCCAGACAGUACUGUUCACGAGCACAGAGCGGCCCAUGCUCCUCUACCCCGAAGAGCUGACGACCAGGAAGGUCAGCGCUUACGAAGCGGCUGCCACACACAGCAUCCACAUUAAAGAUUCAACCGAUGUGAACUCAAGCCUGACUCAUUCAACGGGAUCAUCCACCACUCCAAUGACUCUUAGUAUUACCAGUGGAAUGCCGACAAACUACUCCAGAAUGCCUCAAAGCACAACCGCUACCUUAAGGAGAGAGGAAGCCACUACCAGCGCUCUGAACACUGACGUGCCCUCCAAAGCGAGCGCCUGUGAGAUAUGCUUGUUUUAUGCUGUAAUGCUUAAUGCAGUGGCAGUGCUUAUUGGUAGGAGCUCUGAGGUUACUCCUGUGACACGUAGCUGGGGGGGAGGCAUCCAGGUCAAACAGCAAAUCAAAACACGAGAAGUCUGAAGCCCUGACUGAUCUAAAGAAAAUAACAGUUCCUAAAGAAGUGCAGACUAAUGUCUCGAUACUAAGCUGCUACUUAUUUUAAUAUGUCUUAAUUGAGUAAAAUUAACCUAUGCUCUUGUUUUUUAAAAUGUGCUUAUUUUGUAUUUAAAUUUUUAAUUUCACUUGCACAGAAUUUUAAUUACUGAUUGUAUUAUUUUGUCACUAAACAACUGGAAAAAAACAGAAGUCCUGUAUCAUAUCUGCAUUGUCUUGCUUGAUUUGCUGGUGAGAAAUUCCUGUACUAUAGCAGCAGAGAUUCUUUGUAAGUUAUGAUGCCAUGCAUAAGGAAAGGAAAAUGUAAAGAAACUAAACUUAGCUGUUUCGCUAAUCAGAAGUAAUUCUUGAGAAAAAUCGCUAGCAUGUAUAUCUAUGUUUGCUUCAUAUGUACUAGGAUAUUUUAAAUACAAAGAACAACCAUUCUGAAUUUAGGAAUUAAAUAUGACAAUGCCACCAUGUCCAUCUACUAAGAGGGGCUUAACUGAGAAGCUAACACGGUCCAGCUUCAGCAUGGGAAGAGUGGUAGGGGCUGAUCUCUCUUUUUGCUCUGCCUUGACUUAGAAUUGUAGGCAAGUUAUUCCUUGCUCUCCAUAAUAGAAAACAAAAAAAGAUAGAAGUAGAGGAAAACGCGACACGUUCAAUGCCAUGACACUCUCCAAUAACACGGGCUUUAAUCUACAUACAUUAACAAAACCAAACAGCUUAACUUACAAUCAAACAUCUGAAAUACUUCAACAAAAUUCGUCCAGAAUUCUUCAAACUACUUUUUGAUCAAAAUAAAAUAAAAUAUUGGCCAGUUUCAAAUGCAAGUUAUGUAACACAUCAAUGGAGCAGUUUAAAGCUCUCAUUUAAACAAUUCCUGAAUCUUGUGACUUAAGAUUUAAUUCAAGCCAUGGCAAUGAACAUGCCCAAGGCCUUCCAACGAUGAGCACGAAUGCUGUUCUCCUUGACAUCCGCGCCAUCAGCAAGUAGAAGUAGAUGCACGCAUGGUUCUGACCACUCUAGGAAAAUUACGUGGCAAAGGUACUUGAUAUACUACUGAUGAAGUUUUGCAAACAGCAUGAAAUGAAAACUGAAGAACAAGUUAAUUGUAAGAGUAUUAUUCACUUAAUACUGCAAUUCUUUAUUCAAUAUUUUCCAAGCAUUUCAGGCCAUUUAAUUUCCAGUUAUCGUAGCACAAAGGUGCCACAAAAUCUAGAAAACCUCAAUACCAAGACUGCAGUCCUUUACCUAUUUCUCCUAGGUAUCACUCAAGGCUGUGGAUGAUUUAUAACCACUGGUAUCAGAAAAAUCACAACUUUCCAAUUGUGAACUGUAUUUCUAUAAUCAGAAAUGUGUUUUAAUUUCUAACAGUACUGUAAAUGUUGCACAAUGAAUUUGUACAGUUAUUUCAUUGGCACUUAAGUAAAAA